AUGGCGAUUGCCUCCAAAUCCAUAGCUCUAACAAUAAUCUUCCUAUUAGUUACUUGCGUCUCAAGUCAACGAGAAACUAAAUUUCUAAACCAUGGCUUUCUCGGGGCUAACCUUCUCACUUUCGGAUCCUCCAAGAUCCACCCUAGUGGUCUCUUGGAGCUGACCAACACUUCGAUGAGGCAAAUGGGUCAAGCCUUUCACGGAUUUCCCAUGGCCUUACUAAACUCAAAUUCCUCAGUUUCUUUCUCCACAAGUUUCGUCUUCGCAAUCACUCCUGGACCGGGCGCACCGGGUCACGGCUUAGCUUUCGUUAUCUCACCCUCCAUGGACUUUACCGGCGCCUUCCCCAGCAAUUAUCUCGGCCUCUUCAACACAUCAAACAACGGAAACUCCUUGAACCGCAUCCUCGCGGUUGAAUUCGACACGGUACAAGCCGUUGAGUUGAAUGAUAUUGACGACAACCACGUUGGCAUCGACCUAAACGGAGUGGUCUCGGUCGAGUCCGCACCGGCUGCGUACUUUGAUGACCGUGAGGCCAAGAACGUAAGCUUGAAGCUUGCGAGUGGGAAGCCGAUUCGAGUCUGGAUCGAGUACAACGCAACCGAGAUGAUGCUCAAUGUCACUUUGGCUCCUCUUGAUCGUUCCAAGCCAAACUCGCCUCUUCUCUCGAGGAGAAUGAAUCUCUCAGGGAUCUUCUCCGAAGAAAACUAUAUCGGAUUCUCAGGAGCAAGCGGGACUGUUACUAGUGCACAUCUGGUUCUAGGCUGGAGCUUCAGCAUCGAAGGGAAAGCAUCAGAGUUUGAUAUCACGAAGCUUCCUUCUAUUCCAGACCCGCCGCCUCCAUCUUCUCCACCACCGAAUCCUCCGGUUUUAGCCAAGAAGAGCUCAAACAACACGAAGAUUAUCAUAAUCUUCGCAGUGUUAGGGAUAUUUGGACUCAUAAUCUUGAUCUUCUUAGGAGUUUUUGUGUUCCGGAGAAGAGAAAUCUUCACACGAGGACCACGGAAAUUCUCUUACCAGACGAUUUCAAGCGCUACGGGAGGCUUCGAGAGCACUAAGCUUUUGGGAGAGAGAAACUCUGGAAGUUUCUACAAAGGGCAGCUUGCUCCUACAGAGAUAAUCGCGGUGAAGAGAGUAACUUGCGCGACAAGGCAACAAAAGACAACCCUAAUAGCCGAGAUCGAUGCCAUCUCAAGGAUAAGACAAAGAAACCUUGUUAACCUCCUUGGUUACUCCAGCAAAGGAAACGAGAUCUAUCUCGUUUACGAGUAUGUCCCCAACGGAAGCCUAGACCGGUUUUUAUUCAGCAAUGACCGACCAGUUCUCACCUGGUCGGAACGGUUUUGUAUCAUAAAGGGGAUUGCGUCAGCACUUCAAUACCUUCACGGCGAGGGUCAAAGACCAUUGAUCCACGGAAACGUCAAAGCCAGUAACGUUCUCUUAGACGAAGAGCUAAACUCUCGACUAGGAGACUACGGACAAGGAAGCAGGCACAGCACAACAGGACACGUGGCUCCGGAGCUGGUCGAGACGGGAAAGGUAACACGUGACACAGAUGUGUUUGCUUUUGGUGUGUUGAUGAUGGAGAUCGUCUGCGGAAGAAAAGCCAUUGAGCCUACAAAACCUCCGGAAGAGAUCAGUUUAGUGAAUUGGGUGCUUCAAGGGUUUAAGAACGGAGAUCUGUUACAGAGAUGCGAUGCAAGAAUCAAUAAAGAGGAAUUAGUGGCUCGAGAGGUGUUACUGGUUUUGAAAACCGGACUUCUGUGUGCAAACCGGUCUGCGGAAGGUAGGCCAAUGAUAAAGAAAGUGGUUCAGUAUCUCGAUGGUAUAGAAUCUCUCCCUCGCGACGACUGCUUCUUCUCUGGAGUUUAA